AUGGAUGAAGGUGACAUCAAUGAGCUCAUCGAGGAGCACUCUGAGGAACUGACAACGGAGGAGCUAAAGGAGCUACAGACGCAGCAGCACACGGAGGUUUUGCAGGAAAUAAGUGACGUGGAGGAAGUUCUCUGUACAAAAGAGGCAGAUUAUUCGGCAUUUGGAAAUAACUCUUUAACACGCAAGAAAAAUGUUCUUUCCAGUGUUCUUCGUAGUGACAACAAUAGAAAAAAAACACCCGUAGUUAUCAGCUUGCCACGUGAUUUUCGCCCAGUGUCUUCAAUCAUUGAUGUUGACAUCCUUCCAGAAACACAUCGCAGAGUUCGUCUGUACAAGCAUGGCUCAGAGAAACCUCUCGGAUUCUAUAUUCGUGAUGGCUCUAGUGUCCGUGUUACUGCUCAGGGGCUGGAAAAGGUUCCUGGAAUUUUCAUUUCCCGACUUGUACCAGGAGGUCUGGCAGAAAGCACUGGCUUGUUAGCAGUUAAUGAUGAGGUUCUUGAAGUAAAUGGAAUUGAAGUGUCUGGGAAAAAUUUAGAUCAGGUCACCGAUAUGAUGAUUGCCAACAGCCACAAUCUCAUCAUAACAGUGAAGCCUGCAAAUCAAAGAAAUAACAUUGUCAGAAACAGUCGGACUUCAGGCAGCUCUGGCCAGUCUUCAGAUAGUAGCACAAGUCACUACAUGAUGACUCCUCACAUCAUUCAGAACUUUCAUCCUGAGGAAGAAGAAAGUGAUGAGGAGAAUGAUAUUAUCAUUGAAAGUGGGGGUGAACCACAGCAGAUCCCAAAGGCCACCACCAGCAGCAUUAGUUUGCCAUCCCUCUUAAAGUAUGAGCCACAUUUGAGAGAGAAACAGAAUGGCUUUGUAGCCUCCAGUAGUAGUGUCGGCUCACUCAACACAAUAGCUAACCAGAAGACGGGGACUGUGAGGACCCUGGGAAAGCAAAGACGAAGUAUGGAGGAAGAAGGCACAGUAAUCACAUUAUAGAGCACUCUAAAAGAACCACAGUGAACAGGUUCUGUGAUGUCCAUGUCAGGAUGUCCUCUAUGCACAAUGCAUUUCUAAUAAGAAUUAGGAGGAAAGCUGAAUAAGCUUUAAAAUCAUAAUCAUCUUUUCAUUAGCUUCUUUUAAAUGUAUUUGAAAUGUACAUAAUUUUAAUUAGAUAUUUUAGCUAGAGAGACAGAAAAAUAUUGAAUGUUUUUUUUUUUUUCAUUUUUGACCGACAAACAGAAUCUAGCAUCACCUAGGAUAAAGGGAGAGGAAUUUGAACAGAAUCAAAAAUGCACUUACGUUCAUACAGUAUAGGUGCAACAUGGUAAGACAGGGUGAGAAUCCUGAAUAUACCUAUGUUGUCUUACCGUGUUGCAUGUAUAGGGUGGUCCAGCUCUAACUAUGCAACUUUUAAUGCAAUAAUUGCAUAAUUAGAUCUGGACCACCCUGUAUUGCCUUCACCAUUUUACUCAUUGUUUGCUUUCCUGAAGUUUGUAAUGGUUGCCGCCUGGGUGCUGAUUAGUUUGGUUUUGUUUCCAAGUAAAAUGAGCACAAAUUGUGCUGCACUUUCUAACUGUAAACAUAAUCAAGUACCACCGUAGUAGUUUUUUUUUUUUUUUAAUGAAUGUCAUGAUGAAUGAUUUAAAUUUUGAUCCUUUCUAUAUGGGUGGGUGAGGGACAGGAAUGUCUGUCCCUGUGACUGAUAGAUUACUUGUUACAUUUACAGAAAAAGGCAAGCAGAACCUAACAACUGCAUGAUAAUUUGAAACAUAAAUUAGUAUAUUUAGUUAAAUCUUUGCAUAGUUUACAAUAAAGGAAUAACACACUAUAGUAAGGAAACAUACAUGAGGCACAGCAUGCAUAUCAGAACACAAUUGGCAACUAAAUUAUAAUGAAAUAUAUCUGUAUGGAAAUAAAAUAUAUGAAUACAAAAUAUAAAGUGUUACCAAGACCUGAUGUACAACCUACUUUGGAUUAUCUAACAUGUCUAGCAAAAAAUAUAACAGAUAUAAUCAAGAGAUCAUAGUAGUUUUACAAGUGCUGAGAAAAAGUAAGUAUCAGUGAAGCAUAUAUAAAGAAAAACUGGGAGUGGUCUGUCCUAGACUUUCUUGUAUACUCAGAUAUGGGGAUUGAUAUUUGAGGAAUAAACUGCAAGACAGUGCUUAUUUUUAUAUUAUGUACAUUAAAGAACCCUCAACAACAAAUCAAAUUAAUAUGUUGAACUAUUAUUAUAAAAGUAAAGUUGAAUAAAUUAGACUCUGCAGCUGCUUGAAUAAAAGGUAAAGUACCACUUCCGGUUAGCGGAAAUAGCCCAAAAGUUGUUAGAAUUUUUCAUUUUGUACCUACUAUUUAUAUUGCAAAAUUUGAUUGACCUAAGUGAAAGCGUACUCAAGUUAUCAUGUUUACAUACACAUGCACACAGACAUAAUUUCAAAAAUGGUAUUUUCAGACUCGGAGGUCUAAAACGUUGAGAUUCAUCAAAAUCUCAUCAAAUUUUUGGAUGAUUACAGUACUUUCCCUAUACUUCAUAUAUGAGAAAGUAAAAUUGAAAAAAAUAAAAAUACAUAACCAUCAGGAAAUAGAUACAAUGUGAAUGAAACAAUAGAAAAAAUAGACUAAUCAGAAAAAACAGUGCAAUUAAAAUUGGAUGAACCAAUUAAUCUUGGAAUUAUACAGAAUACAAAUGUAAAAAAGAUAUCAUGAAGCCUAACUAGGCAUCACAUUAAGGGAAACCAAUCACAGUAUCACUGGAAGUAUCACAUCCUUUUUACAUAUGGUUAAGUGUGGAUCCCGCCGAAGCAAUGGCUGAUAGAUUACUUGGUCUUUUUUCCCUAGUGUUAUUUAUUGAGUUGCAAGAACAAUAUGAAGUUGAUUGACCUGGUAGAAUAAGGUAAUGACCAGUUUACCAGGCAGACUGAACUGAAUUAGCAAGGUAACAAAGCAAGAGCUUUAUAGUUUGUAGAUCCUUUUUAAGUAUGCAAUAUGCAUGUGUAAGACCAAAGCAGUUUCUGCAAUUUCUGUUUGCAUAGGUUGCUUUAUACCUUUCUCAUAAAUCAUAAAUGCUACACAUUAUUAUCUUUUAACUUGACAUGCCAAAAUAUAUUGUAUUCUUGCUCUUUACAAAAUAUGGUAUAUGCCAUUACAAAUAUUUAUAACCUAACUUGGCCUACUUAAAUUGGAGCAUUUCAGGAUAGUUUCCUGUUCAUUUAUGUAUACAGUGAUAUGGAAGUAGAGUAUUGACAUGAUUUCUAGCAUUAACCUCAUUGUUGAAUCAGGUUACCUUGCUUCUAUAAUAUGUACUUUCAUAAUGUAAAUUUCGUUAAAAAGCAAUUAUCAUUUUAGCAGAAGAAUUGAAAUGGUAUAUAAAAGUUGAGUUAAUCGAGGUGGUUGUAUAAAAGUCGUUCUUUAUGUAAAAAAAAUACAAUCGUGUCAACAGUAAAUGUCAUAUUCACCAUUUUUAUUUGUUGAUUUAUGCUGCAAAUCUAGUCACCCUAAUCUGUCCAGUGCACACAUAUAAACAUACAAAUAAACUGAAGAUUUUGUGUAGUAUUACUAGCUUGGCUAAUCAAAAAAGGCAAUAAGAAUUCUCCAUGCAUCCACACUGCAUCACAUGGUUAGCAUGGUCAGCACCAGAAUUAAACAUUAUCUGCCAUGAUGAUUAUUAAAAUGACUUGUUAAUAUUUACUUUAUUUCAAUAUUUGGAGCAAAUACUAAAAUAGUCUGGGGAACAGAACUCCUGUACAGUGUUUUAGACAUGAUAAUAGCCUAAUAUACAGUGGUUUUGAAAUUAUAUUGUAGGAGUGAACUGUAAAUAUCUGACAACUAGUGUGUAACAGGCAAAAUAACAUGACCUCUCUGUAGCUGGUUUGUAGUGUUAACACUUUAAUUAGGGCCCAGGGUAUGCACAUCAUCAUAUGAGGGGGAAAAAAACAUUUAUACAUCAUUCAUUGUAUAUGAAUAUCUGCAAAUAAGGGUUUCUCCAUACAGUAUGCUUUAUAAUAGCCAUUCAGCCAAAUGCAUUAAGCAAUAUGUAGUAAUAUUUCUGAAAGUUUACACAAAGAGUAAGCUUUGCAUACACUUAUUUGUAUUCAUUUUAAAUUAUUUGCCAUUUAUAUUUUUUCAUUUUUAUGGCAAUUUUUUGGAAAGGGUAAUCAACAUAAAUACCACUUCUGAAAUUACAAACCUUUAUAUUCUAUAACCUAGCAUAUCUGAGUAUGGGCGACAGUACAUGCAUAUGAAAUGAGGUUUGUAUAUGUGGUAGUGUAUAACAGUUUGUUUCAAAUUCUAAAUGUUUGCUAUAUUUUAUUAAUAAAUAUAUAUCAUCACAUCUUGAGUUAAAUUAAUUUUUAGACAAAAUCAUGAAGGUAUAUCUCUUCUCACUGUAAAUAUUUCUCUACUAUUUCCUGUGGAAUUAUCUUUAUUUUCCUUUAUUACAACAUUUACAAUGCAUUUUUUUAAUUUCACAGUCAUUGUUUAAAAUACUGUACACAUUGCAUUUCAAAUACCCUCAAAAUAACAAUAUUUAGUAAAUAAAUAAGCUAAAUAUAUUUUCAUUCUAAAAAUGUUCCCAAUUUUGCUGGCCAGCCUAUAGUCAUAUUUUGAAUAUAGUUUCCACUAAUAUAGUAGCAGUAUGACAAGGGCACACCAUCAUCUUAGUACGUAGUUUUUUUUGUUUUUAUAUAUAUAUAUAUAUAUAUAUAUAAUAAUAUAAUAUAAUAAUAUUCUCUGCAGUUAGUACAUUUUGUUUCAUUAUUCUUUGGAAAAAUUUUAGAACAGACAGAAGUUCAUUAUUAAAGUCAAUACUAAAUUUCUGACAAAGUGUAACAUUGAUCAGUUCAUCCCUAAGUAUUUAUUAUUAUUAGAAACAAAUGCAUAAUAACACAACUUUGUGUUAUUUAAACCUAUGAUGUCAACAGGUAAGGCAAAUUAUUCAAACACAGAUGUGCAAGGCAAAUCCACCUACCAAUAGAUAUGUAUAAUACUCAUAAGCCUCUGAAAUAUAAUCACAGUACUUCAGAAUGUCUUUUAUUUAAAUAUGCAACAAAACUAAUUUAGUUUCAGUCCACAAAUGGUGCAUCAUGUUUAACCAGGAAUGUUAGAGGCAGAAAUUAACAUUAAUCGUUCUUUUGUUGAGCUGCAGCAUUUCUCUGUCAUAAACGGCCCAUUUCGCAGUUUUGUUCCCCAAAUAAUGUUUAUGUACCUGCUCUUGAAAAAAAAAAAAACUCCACUGACAUACCGUGGUGAUACUGUUUGGCCAUCUUCUCCAUGCUCACUGAUGAAUCAUUCAGAGUACAGACAGAAAUGAGGACAGGUGCUUUAAAAUGACAGCCAUUGUCCUUUCCCUCUUGAAGCUGCUUAAUGUAAUGUUGGUUUAAUAUAUAGAAAUUUCAUAUUA